CAUCCAAAGAAGAACAAGAACAAGUUGAAUAACUGCAGCUCCCCUGUCUUCCGUAACACUGUGUGGUUGAAGGAAAGAUGGCAAAGACGAAAGAGCGACCAAAAUCAAGAGCGAAGAAGGAGCAUGAAGGUAAAGAGACCAUGCAAGAGUCAGAGUCCUUAUUUAUCAGCAAGAAGUUACAAAAAAAGAAAUUUCAAAAGUUUUCUGCCAUGGAUGUUCGAGUCUGGGGAAAUAAUGACAUUUUGCUCGCUGGUUGCUCGAGGGUCUGUGUGCAAUGAAUAGAUCAACAAACGAGUAACCUUCAUUUGAAAAAAAAAACAAAACAAAAAAAAACUAUUAUUGCCAAAAGUCUCUUAUAAAGUGUUUUGCAGCUGAUGGUUCAGGGUAGAGGGUCUUUGGACGCAACAUCAACAGACAGACAGACGCAUUCCCCCAAACAUCAUUAUAUGGGAUAAUACUGCAAAUCUAUCUAGAAUAAACCCAAGUAGUUGAAAAACAGAUAACUUUAAAACAUUUAGAUCUAUUUACUAAUUUUUUUUAUUAUGAUCAAUUUACAGUAGUUUGAUUUGAGUUCACCAUUCAAACAUGGUUCAGUUGAUUGUCAAAUAAAACAUAUUAGGAAAUACUAAAUGGACAAUAACCCUUUUUCUUGUUUUAUCUCAAGUGUUUCAUUAUGUGUGUUUCCACAAAGCUGGUGACCCCACAGAGGGAACUUUUAGUCAUUAUGAAAAAAAAAAUUAGCCAAUAUUAUAAUGAUCAACCUUUGUUUUUGUUUUUUUUCCAGUAACAUGGUCCGGGCUUGUCCUAUUCUAUUUUAAAACUACUACCAGCCUAUUGUAAUAUGACACUACUAUCGCUUCUAUGACUCAUAUUAAUACUACUACUUCUACUAAAACUUAUGCCGCCACAAUUUACACAUUACACUUUGGUAUGUUGCUGAAGUAGCUGUUUUUGUUUUGUUAUUCUAUUAUUGUUUCUGUCGUGAUUUUGUAUUGAAACAGAUUUGCACUUGGCAGCAUCACCACAAUACAAAGCUGUAUUUAUUCUAAGCAAAUGACAAACUGGUUGAAAUAGCCGUGGGUCUGUGCUUUAUACCUUGUAAGACAACUUCUCAUAAACUUUGACAAUAAAUCACAGGAACUAUUCCACUUUUUGCCAGCACCACUUUUCAAAUACACACUGAAGAUAGUUUACAGGUUUUCAUUUAAUUCAUAAAGAAAAGUGUCAGCAGCAAUUUUCCAAACAAUUUUUUAAAUUAACUUUAUUAACUUCAAUGUCAGAUGCAGUGCAGAAGCAAAUCAAGGCAAGGUUACGUAGGUGUUGACUGUUCAGGUCAAUUCGACAGCAUAGAUUUAUAUAUGCUGAAUACAUGUAAUUUAAAAUACAAAAAAAAUUGUGGUAGGUGGCUUCAGGUUAGAAAUAUAUUCCUGCAAAAAGCCACCUAUGCCUUUAUACAUCUCCACUGAUUCAAUAAUAAAUUGUUCCUGGUCACUUUAUCUCUAGGAAAUGACAUCAUAGAAGAAGAAGAAGAAGAGGAGGAGCUCAUAAGAAAGGCCAAAUCCAGACCACGUUCAUAUAAAAAAUCAUCUGCAGUGAACGCUUCCUUCAAAACUUUAACCACCACCACUGAAAAAAACAGUAAAUACUUCAAGUCAUCAGUGAAAGAGAGGGAUGAUGACAGUGACGACUUUGACAUGGUGACCUCAGCACGACCUAAAUUUAAAUUGAUUAAAGCCAAGAAAACACAGAAAACAGACCAUGUUGGUGAUGAUAAAGAGGAAGAGGAGGACGACGACAGUGAAGAUGAAGAUGAUUGGGAAGAAGUUGAAGGUAAGUGAGAGACAAGAAGAAAUUUAUGCUGUUUGUGGUGAUAGAUCUUAGCAUCAUAGAAUAAUGUUAACACAAGCAUGACCCAAAUGAUGUAGGGAGCAAAUGACAAAAUUCUAAGGUGUCUUGGUUUUUAUCAGAGCUUGAAGGUCAAGUGGAACCUUCAGAACCUGCCUUGCCCUUCCAGCCAGUGGAGAUAGUGAUAGAGACUCCAGAAGUCAGGAGGAAGUAAGUGGACAUCUUAUCACUUUUAGUCUUUACAGUGAAUAUGGUAAAAAAUAUAAAUAUAUAACAUACAAUAAACACAAAAAGUGGAAUUAUUGCUUUUUUUAAAGCAAAUGUCAGUAUAUUAUUUUUAAAUAUCAUCAUUUUUUGUUCAUUUUGCAUUCGUCUUUGGCCAGGCAAAAGAGGCAGGCUGAGUUUGAGAGUUAUCUGAGGCGGAUGAUGAACAGAUUCAAGAAAGACCAGCUCAUAAGCACACACAAGGUGAAAAUACCCUCACAUGUUGAUCUCAUCUUUGCUUCAGAAUUCUGUGUCAGAUUCUGUCGUAAUUCUGUCACCACAUGUGGGCUUUGGUCAUUACUAGCCUGUGUUUGGUCUCUCAGGUCCACCUCAUGUGUCUGAUAGCCAGUGGGAUGUUUCGUAACCGUCUGUGCAGUGAACCAGACCUGCUGGCCAUCACUCUGUCCCUCCUUCCUUCUCACUUUGCCAUGGUCCCCAAGGAUCGCAUCGACCAGAACUACCUCUCUGGACUGCUCAAAUGGUGUGUGCUCAUGAGAGUUGAGAUAUGAAAUUUGACCUGUAGUGGUGCCAGAAAACCAGAGUGGUCAACCUUACCAUGUCUGUGAUUAUUAAGUAAGUGACAAUUAUUAUAACUGUCGCACCCUGUCUCUUCUCUUCCAGGUUUAGAGCAACUUUUACCCUCAACCCCAGUGUCCCCUGUGAGGAGUUUCCAGACCCCUGGGCCUUGAUGGGGAGGCGGCUUGCCAGCCUGUCAGCCAAAAACCACCAGGAGAUGACUCAUGUUGGUACUUUUUCACUCAACAGAUCCAUAUGAAGCUCUUUUCAGUGAACAUAUAGAGAAUAAAGUUGGAUUAUGAAUUAAGCUCCUGUAUGUUGUUUUAUUCCUGCAGCUGUUUCUGCUGGUCCUGAGGUCUCUGCAGCUCUUCUGUAGAUUGGUUCUUUCUUUGCAGCCCAUUCCUCUCAAAGCCCCGUCAGUCAAGGUAAUAAUAGUCUCUUAUCAAACAUUUCUAUCCUACCAUAUGUCUAUGCAGCCGUCAGACACAGCAGCGGUCUACUUUAAACUGGACUAAGAACUCUGACUCAUACCACAUGCUGGGUUAGAAGUGUUCAGAUCUGGACCAGACAGCUCUUCUCAGAUUGCCUGGUCUUACUUGACUUGAGACAAAGAAACUACAAACUACACUUAUGUGUCUUAUUUUUCUUGUUGACAAUAGACCUACUUUAAGUGUAACUCGGAACGCUGCAUCCUUUCAACACCCAUGUUUAUUCAAACACGUGUCAUUCACUUUGUUUUCGGGGUGCAGAAAGAGCUCAUCCUGGUUCUUCUACAUAUUACUAUUCAGAUACAUAGUCUCCUGAGAGUAAAGUGAUCCUGGCUCCAAGCGCCAGCCUCUCCUCUCCCGCCCCUGCAGGAGCUUGUGCUGUGACCUUCACAAUGCAACCUGACUUCUUGUUACCCCCAAACCCAAAGAGCUGCCUUUUAAAAUCAGAUUACACUUUAUUUCUGAGCACCUCUUGAUCCUGGACUAAGUGUCUAAAAAUGAUCACAGUCCAAAAACUACUUUAUACAGGGAAAGGACAGAUUACAGAUGACAUCGUUUUUAAACUCAGAUUUAUUGAAUUCAACCCCACUUACACUACUCUCCAUAUUAGAUAAAUCCUUUUUAUUAACCAGUGCACAGUGUUCUUAAAUUAUUAGGAUAUCAUGGCGAACAAGUACAACUUAUGAGACAGAUGACUAUGUAAGUGACCUCUCCGGAUUGCUCUCACUUAGAAUUAGUGCAGUAGCAUAAAAAAAUCAUGCAGCAGAAGUCUAAACCAACAGCUGUGGUUAUUGUGAUCAAACUACUUCUUUUCUGAUUUUUCUGAGAGUAUGUACAGCUUUGUUUACUAAGGCUGUAUUUGUUCCAAUAAAAUAGAUGAAGCAGAAUGCAGAAACAAAGCUCUAAAUCCAAGAGCAAUAAAGCAAUUCAGAAACUGGAUAAAAACAGAUGCUACUACUCUAAUGUUGUUUUUAUUAUAAGUCCAAACUACUUUUUUUGUGCAGUAGAGGGUUAAAAAUAAAGCCUGUUCCAGCCAAACAUUUUGAAUUAUGAACGUGAAGAGUAAUGUCAUUCAAGCUUUCAUUUUAUCUUCUUAAAAGUACAAGAAACGAAAAUUGACGAGGCUGAAGAUUCACUUAUUCACUCUCCUCUGAGCUCCUGUGAAACAUGAUGUGUGUGAUUAUUUUUUUACUAUCAAGAAUGAGUUUUAAUAGUCAUGCAUUGAUAUUAAAUUUUUUUUAUUAAUAUCACUUUUUGGAGGCGGUCUUGCCAUCAUUAAAAUUAAAUGAUGAAACUGAUAUAAUAAUACCAAAUUAUUUUGACCAAUAUCCAUGGACACCAAUGCUUAGUUGAUGGGUUGGUGAAUUACUGAGUCCUGACUAAGUUCCUGACUAAUUCAUUCACUAGGUUGAUUUAAGAUGUUGACUGAAACAUAAUUAGCAAACAAGUUAGUUUUGUCAUUUUGGAAUCAACUUUUGUCCCAGUUUGGCUAUUACUUUAACCAUCUUCACCAUUUUUUUCACUAAUUCUUGAAUAACAGCAUCCCACCACAACUGAAAGAAUUACCGGAACCACCAUAUCGGCACAUGUUUUCUUAUUAAAGGGUGUUUGUUCUUAUAUAAUCUUCUGUUCUCACACAAAUAAUCUGAAUGUGUCUCUCCAGGGCAAAGAGGCUAAAUCACCUGCGAGUGCUGCAAUAAAAAACACAAAGAGAACAGGCAAAGAUACCUCCAAGACCAGCCGCUCUGAGCCAAAGGUAUCCACAGGCACUAAGAGACCAGCAGGUGAGGGGAAGAACAAAAGAGACGGAGGAGGGAAGAAGGCAAAGAUGGACAAAAUCAAAGAAGAGGAUAUGGAAGAAGAUGAAAGAGUAAAAAUGUCAGGAGGGCAGAGGCCAAAGAACUCACAACGACGCAGCAUUGCAUCAAAAGUCAGCUACAAAGAGGAGAGCAACAGCGAAGAAGAAAAGGAGCAGGAGAGGCCUAGCGAUGAGGAAUUUCAGGCAUCAAGUGAUGAGGACAGUGUUGAUUCAGAGAGCGGUACUUCAUCCAGAAAGAAGAAAAAUGGGAAAAGGAAAGGGUCCAAUGACAAAUGUGCUCCGGCUCAAAAGAAAAGGAGUGGUUGGCAGAAAACACAGAAAAAAGACCAGAAGUUGGAGGAUGAAGAUGAAGAAGAAGAAGAAGGAACAAAACAAAACACAACAAAUCGAAGAAGUGGGAACAAGAAAGAGGGGCUUGGAGCAGACGAGUGGUUAGAGGUAUAUCUGGAAAAAACGUCCUCUUGGGUUUGUGUGGAUGUGGGGAACGGUGUCGGCAUGCAUCAUCUCUGCUCCAAGAUGGCAACAACACCUGUGACAUAUGUGGUGUCAGUGGACGGAGACGGGUUUUUGAAGGACCUGGGGAGGAAAUAUGACCCCACCUGGAUGACAUCAUCCAGGAAGAGGCGUGUGGAUCAACAUUGGUGGGAGGAAACACUUGAACCUUUCCUGGGACCUGAAGAUGAGAGAGACAAAAAGGAAGAGAAAGAGGUCAGUAAGAAAAUGUGCACAUUCAUAGAGACCAACUCAAGAUGAUUUUUACACAUGAUGUACAAACACAAACAUGUGUGAGCUCAGAUAUGCAGAGAAACUCCACUGACAGUCUGAAUUAGUCGCUGUCAAUCUGUGCUUUUCUAUUUCUUUGUAGUUCUACAUAUUUUUACCUGAAAAUGUAUUUCUCACAUCAAAUUUCACUUGUGCCAGUUGAUUGAAAGUGUUAUAUUUGAUUUCUUCCCUUCCUUUUUUUGCAAAUCCCUCACUACUUUUGGAUGUGUUACAGUAAAAGCUUUUUGAGCUUUAUAUCAUCGUUUGAUGUAAUUGUUACAAAACUGCAGAAUUAAGAACUUGUAGAAAUUAUGAAGCCAUAUAAUAUCCGGUCCUAUAACAGCAAUUUUAAAAUAUUUAGCCCUUUAAUAUAAAAUAAAUACACAAACUAGACCACUCUUGACAAGAAAUUUGAUUUAACUCUUAUUUUAAAUACCUGAAGGUGCUGCCACAGUGUUGUCCUCAAGCAUGCCAAAGACAUAAUGUUACAAGAGUUGUGCAUCUAGAAGUGGGAACAACACAGGCAAGGAUAAAAUAGCCAACAAUUUCAAGUUAGAAAGCAAAGAGAAAUGGUAAGCUGGGAACAGCAAAGGAGACUAAAACCAAACUUUAAGCAGUAACAGUGCUACAAAAUGAUAAGAUGAGGGGACAAGUUUGGUGCUGAAUUUACCAGGAGUUGAAGUUCUGAAGUCUCUUUAGGUGUUUGCAGAGAGGAGCAAGUCCGUUAAAAAUUUCAACACACAAUUGAAGUAAAUAAAGUCUGUAUUACUGAACAUCUUCUGUUAACUUCACAUAUGGCAGGGAUGAUCUCGUACAUGUUGUCCUUUGUCCAGGGUAUUCAAGGCUUGAUUGUAGGGGUGUUUCAGCCUGGUAUCAAGCAGAUAAAGCACUGGACAGGUGUAAAAGUAUCAUAUAGUUAAAUUUAAAGUUGGUAUAAGCAGAGAAGCAAGCAGUCAGCAAUAUGGUGUUACGGUAUGUUUAACCCUAACUUAAUUUUACACUGGAAUAUCCCUUUAAAACAAACAAGACCAGCCUGAAUCAAUCGACAAACCUUUUCUGAAUGGCUUCUUUAUGUAGUAAUGUGCCCGCUCUACAAUUACGGUAUUUUGCCAAUCUUAUCACUGUUUCAGUUUGGGCUGAGUUUUGGAAGUGUGUUUUCUCAUAUACAGUAAUCAUGUAAACAACAGUAAAGAAGGCACUCCUUACAAAGCUUGGUAUGUUAUAACAGAUCUUUCUGAUCUGAUCCCAACAAGAGUGGAUUUCUUUAUUUCAUGUUUGAAAGGAUUAGAAAAUACCCCUGGUGCAAGAAAGAAGUCCUUGUUACUAACUGAUACCACACAUUUCCUUCUAUACCAUCUGCAUGUCGACUGCUCAGCUCCAGAACAAGCUGCUGAAUAAACCCCUGCCCAUCUCAGUAGGGGAGUAUAAGAACCACCCGCUAUAUGCUUUAAAGAGACACCUGCUGAAGUAUGAAGCCAUCUACCCCUCAACUGCCACGAUACUGGGAUACUGCAGGGGAGAGCCUGUGUACUCCAGGUCAGUUGUUCAACAGAUGCCAUAAAAGUGUUGAUAUUUCCUGUUUCAGGUGCUCAGUCUGCUUUACUAUUGCAGAUAUACUGUCUAAGCCAAGCUCUGUUCCCCAUGUAAAAAGAAAAUGUAACUGUAUUCAGUUAAGAAUUACAAGGAUGUCACAAAUUGUAUCAACAAACAUGCACUUGGACCAAACUGGCUGAUUUCUGGUUUCUGUGUUUGAAGAAAUCAUCAUGUGUCAGUGUCCACCUGAUGGUGCUGUUUGAUUAUUUAAACUGUAUUGUGCACUCAGUGUUUUAGUCCUUCUGCAAAACAACGUACUCUACAAGCAAAAUUCAUGAUCUUAACUCCAUUGUUUUGUGUUACUCUGGUGUCUUUUCUGUUUCUGUAGGGACUGUGUGCACACCCUCCACUCCAGAGACACCUGGCUAAAAGAAGCAAGGGCGGUCAGACUUGGAGAGGAGCCAUACAAGGUGAUAGGGAAUUCCUAAAUCUGCUCUUUUUUCACUUUCAACAUUUACUCUCUGCUUUGAGUAUGUUUUUGUUUCAUGCUCUUGUUUCACUCUAGUUAAACUUACUCUUAUCUUUAGUUAAUUCAGUUAAACAGUCUUUUUUUUGAGUCAUGACCAAUUUUGACAUAAAUGAGGAGUAACCCCAUGAACCGUGACAUCAAAACAAAAGCUUGGUCACAGUCAGUGGUUUUAAAAGGAAAUCCACACCCCACGGAUGUUGAAACAUGUCCUUAAAAAAGUCUAAUGUGGUGAGUUUGAGACGUCAGUUUAUGGGGUGUACGGGGUCUGAAUGAUCAAUUCAAUUCAAUAUAGCUUUAUUCAUCCCCUAGGGCAGGGGUUGGCAACCCACGGCUCUGGAGUCGCAAGCGGCUCUUUCUCCCCUAAGCUGCUGCUCCCUGUGGAUUUGGAAAAUAAAUAAUAAAUAUUUAAUUUGCAUUUAUUUUAGUUUAGUUUUUUUGUGUAAUUCUAAAUUCAAAGAUUAUAAUGCGCUUGUAACAUUAAAUAAACCAAUUUUUUUAUCGCUCAAAAUAUGCAUCAUAACUGCGGACUAGGGAAAACCAAAAACAAGGAACAAGGAGACAUAUUUCCUAGGUGAUCUAAAUAUUGACUGGAAAUCUAAGACCUGCACUUUAAAAAAUGGGCUACUUGUCACUGCGAAUGUAUGUAAUGUGACUCAGAUUGUCAAUCUGCCAACAAGAAUUUCCUGUUGCAUCACUGGGACUGUCUCUUCUACAUGUAUAGACCAUAUUUAUACCAACGCCAGUGAACUUUGCUCCAAGGCCUAUUCUAUCCCCAUAGGAUUUAAUGACCAUAAUAUUGUAGUCACUGUGAGGAAAACUAAAAUGUCUAAAGCUGGACCCAAAAUUCUAUUUCAGAGAAUAUAUAGAUCUUUCAAUGAGGAGAAUUUUGUAAAAGAAAUACAGGAGUUGAGUUGGCAUAGGAUAUGUACCAUACAGGAGACUGACGUUGCUCUUGAGCUCUUCACAGACCUGGUACUGAAAGUAAUUUACAAGCAUGCUCCGCUUAGAAAGUUCACUGUAUGAGGCAACUCUGCUCCUUGGAUUCACAAUGAAUUGAGAGGCACAAUGUCUGACAGAGAUAAUACUAACUUAGCAUCUGCCAGAUCAAAUGACCCUAUGGACUGGAUAAAGUAUAAGAAAUUAAGAAACAGUGUUGCUAAAAUGAAUAGAUUGAAGAAAAAGGCAUAUUUUCAGGAAAAACUAUCUGAACACAAGAACAAUGGGGAGAAACUAUGGGCAACUUGUAAUACUAUACUUGGCAGGUGUAGUAAUAGUUUCCCCUUACUUGUUGAGGCUGAUGGUGUACAUUUGACAAAACCUUCAGAAAUUGCUGACUACUUCAACACUUAUUUCACUGACAAGGUGUCAAAUCUAAGGAGUAAGAUGAGCUGUACUACUGAUGACAUGAGAAACUCUACCUAUUUAAUCACAGAUAAUAUCAUGAGUAAUAAAAAAUGUACAUUCUCACUGAAACCUGUAUCAGUUGAAGAGGUAAAACAGCUUUUGAUGUCAGUAAAAAAUAACACACAAUUUGGUCUUGAUAACAUUGACGGCAGACUGAUAAAAAUUAUGGCAGAAUAUAUUUCAGUACCCGUGUGUCACAUCUUUAAUUGCAGUCUCAGGGAUGGUGUUUUUCCUCGAGCUUGGCGAGCAGCUAAAGUAAUCCCUAUCAUAAAGAAUAAAAAGAAUGCAUUUAAUGGGUCCAAUUGUAGACCAAUCAGCAUUCUUCCUGUGCUCAGUAAGAUUUUGGAGAGAAUUGUAGUUAAUCAAAUAUUGAUAUACUUUACCUCUAAUAGAAUAGAUUCAAUUUACCAACAUGCUUAUAAGCAAGGCCAAUCAACAGCGACAGCCCUUUCUCAAAUGACUGAUGAAUGGCUCAGUCAUAUGGAUAACAGGAAAAUUAUAGGUGCUGUACUGAUUUAUUUCAAUGCUGCAUUUGAUCUAAUCGAUCACAGGGUUCUGUUAGCAAAACUCAGUGCAUAUGGGUUCAGUCUGAAUGCCAUGGGAUGGGUAAAGAGCUACCUGUAUUCCAGAAUGCAAUGUGUAUAUUUUAAUGGUAACUUUUCCUCUUUUAAACAACUUGAGUGUGGCAUUCCACAGGGGAGUUGCCUUGGUCCUUUAUUAUUUUCUAUUUUUACUAAUGAUCUGCCACUGGUUUUGAAUAGUGCAACUAUGACCAUGUAUGCGGAUGAUUCCACUGUGCAUGCUGCAGCAGACAGUUAUAGUGAACUUAAUUGUCUCCUUCAGAAGGGACUUGACUCUGUCUCUGAAUGGGUCGAAAACAACAGACUUGCACUUAAUAUACCAAAAACUAAAUGUAUCACCUUCAGUUCUAACCCCAUCCUCAGAAGGAAUCUUCAUCUCUCCUUAUAUAUUAAGAACACUGCUCUUGAGCAGGUGCGUAAGGUCAAACUCUUAGGACUGACUAUUGAUGAGAAACUAUCGUGGUCCACACAUACUGAUAAUAUUGUUCAAAAAAUGGGCAGAGCCAUCUCAGUAAUUAAAAGAUGUGCCAUGUACCUGAAUGAUCACACAAUAAAACUUGUCACCCAGGCACUGGUACUUACUCACCUGGACUACUGCUCUAUUGUAUGGUCUUGUACUUCUAAAAAAGACUUACAUAAACUUCAACUCGUGUAAAACCGAGCCGCACGUCUGGUCUUAGGCUGCCCUUUCAGAACCAGUGUUAAAAGCAUGCACUCCAAGCUCCAGUGGCUAACUGUGGAGGACCGGCUGUCCUGUAACCUUCUUACUUUUUUUCAUAAUGUUUUUUUCCUUACACAAGCCUGUAUAUUUUUUUCUCAAAUCUCUCAUAUUCACGACAUCCAUAAUCAUCACACAAGACAGGUUACAAAGGGCUUAUUUGUUUUACCUUUUCCAAAAUCAUGCUUUAUGUAAAACAGUCUUAUACAGAGCCAUUUUUUCUUGGAACAUGUUACCUGACAUUGCCAGAAGUAUUAAAACCACACACAGUUUUAAAAAAUAUCUUAAAAAUCAAUAAUUAUGGUCAGUUUUGAUUUCCUCCCUGUCCAUGGAUAUUUUUAAGUUUUACAGGGUUGUUAUAUCUGACUUGUUAUAAGUGUUAUUUUGUUGUUAUUGGGAUUAUGGUUUUGUAUUGAUUUUGUUAGUGUUUUGUUGUUAUGACUUUUUUUCUUUUUCAUUAUUAUGACUAUCAAUAUUUUUAAUUGAUGUAAUUGUUCAUUUUAUUGUUUUUAAUGGACCCCAGGAAGAGUAGCUGCUACCUAGUGUAACAGCUAAUGGGGAUCUUAAUAAAAUCAAUCAAAUCAAUCAAUCAAUCAAUCAACAUCUGUGGGGUGUGGAUUUCCUUUUAACCACUGACUGUGACCAAGCUUUUGUUUUGAUGUCACGGUUCAUGAGGUUACUCCUCAUUUAUGUCAAAAUUGGUCAACACAAUUUUCCGUACUUUGUGGUUGGUUUCUACUUUCUGAUGUUGUAGCAUGCUAACUUUGUUUGGGCUUAUGAACCACACGGGAGCAGCCUCACAGCCAAUCAGCACUAAGGAGCAGCGUCUGCCUCACAACCAAUCAGGUUGCGGGAGACGGAGAAUGGCUUUGUCAGAAAGAGCGGGCCACUCAAAAAUUUAAAAUGUUGACUACACAGACAUAACAAAAACAGCGAUAUCAUUAUAUUACCAAAUGUCAUUAAUAACUAAUAACUAUCGACUGACAUUAAAAGCUUUUUUGUAUAUACACCACAAAAAAUGAUGCUUCUUUAACAGAAUCCUGCCUACCCCACCUUUAAGGUCUGCAUGGAGGAUUUUCACAUUAAUAAUAAAAGAGUUAGAUUUCUUUUUUGUUUGAAAGAAACUGUACAAAGCCUCUGGAUAUAAUACAUGACUGCAUUACUUUUCAUCAUGUAGUCAUCUGCUUGACUGUCAUUAACAGUUAUUAUUAAUUUCUUAAUGUCAGAUUGCUGGGCAGAACUCCAAAUGUCUCCUGUAGCAUUUUUUACUGAGCCUUAUAUUUAAACAUCUGCUCUUACAAAAGUUAUCAAAAUGUUAACUCAAGUUUAGUAGUUUUGCUUUUGAACUGUCAGUAUUAUAAAACUGUUAUCAUUAUUUUGUCUAAGUUAUCAGCUUACAUAGUGAGACUGUGUGUGUGACCAUGUCCCUGUGUUGCUCUUCAUUAGAUGGUGAGGGGCCUUUCUAAUCAUUCCCGUAGGGCCAGGAAGAUAUCGGAGCAGAAGGAGGAGAAUGACCUGGCUCUGUUUGGAGAAUGGCAGACUGAAGAGUAUCAGCCACCCAUUGCUGUAGAUGGGAAGGUAAUUAUCUUCAUACACUUAAGUUAUGUCUGUGUUGGAGUAUAGUUGACCGCUGCUGCACAUACAAGCUUGCCAAAAAAUGUGACCUCCAUUUUCUUGCUGUCAAAAGAAGAAGCUGAGUUGAAAGAUGACAAAACUUGACAUUCAAAGUUGCUUGUACUUCGAUAUUUACCACAGUACUGUUAUCAUGCUCUCUGUUUCUGUUAUUUUCAGGUUCCUCGUAAUGAAUAUGGUAAUGUCAACCUGUUUAAGCCCUGUAUGUUACCUGUGGGCUGUGUUCACCUGAGGCUGCCAAACCUGCAACGUGUGGCCAGGAAGCUGGACAUCGAUGCUGCCCCCGCAAUCACAGGCUUUGAUUCCCAUGGAGGAUACUCACAUGCUGUGUAAGAAAACCUUGAGAAACCUCCAGCUGAGACAGAAUCUGUUUAUUCCAGAAAUGCUGGGAGAUGAUAUCAGUAGAGUUAAAUUUAGACCCACUCCAGCCUAAGGGUGCAACAACAACACUGUAUAUUCACUUCAUCUUAAGUGCUCUUGUCUUUGUAGCCAGAAAGCCUUUUAGAAUGAGGAGUACUAGCAAGUGUCUUUAGACACUGAAUACCAUCUGCGUCCUUUUAUUCUCUGUUAGAAAUCUGAAAACAAGCUUGGAUGAUCUUGGUCAAAAUGUUUGUGGGCAAAGAAAUUUCUCUCUGUUGCUUUUUUCUAUGUUACCCCACAUGCUUCUGUGGGGUAUCUGCCUCAGCAAUCCCAUAUCUGUGGUAUCAUAGAGAUUAGUCUAAACUCUCACUUUUAUUGCUGUGGUAUUUUAUUGCACAGCUGGAACUGCCACUAUCAAAGUACUGAUUUAUUUUAGUACAACUUUUAGCAUUUUCUGUGGAGCUGUUUGUUUUCUGUGCUUAAACAAUCCACUCUUUAGUAUUAGCACAGUGUAACAUUACAUUUGAAAAUAUGAAACACACACAAACCCUGCACAAGGUGAUAUAUACUCAGAUGGUCUCUGUGGAUUUUAGUCCCAGCUACAAAAGGAAGUAUGAAAGUCUGUUCCUGUAAAAUCAUGCUAAUGAAGCAAACAUGUUCUUUGUUAAUCAGGACUGAUGGUUACAUCGUGUGUGAGGAGCAUGAGGAGGUGCUCAGAGCUGCCUGGGAGGAAGAACAAGAGCUUCAGAAACAGAAGGAAAAAGAGGUGUGUGUUUGUGUGACUACUGUUGAUGUCAACCAACAAAAAAAAGGAAACAAAAUUGUCAAAAACAUUUUUGUGUACAGGGUUAAAAAGAAAAGAAGUCUUUACAGAAAAAUAAGUGUCCCGUAUUUGCAAAACUGCAAAACUUGAAAUGAAAGAAAAUUUAAAAAGAGAUGACUUCAGUUUCAUUGUUAAUUUGUUUAAUGCACUACACGAUCAAAGUACGAGCACACCGACUGAUGUCAUUUUCCCUUUUUUGUACUAGCAAACUUAACUAAAAACAUCAAACUCAUCAAAAACUACUGGAAACUUCAAAACUAUUACACCUUUUUACAAAGUUGUAACUCUUUGAUUUAUCCUGACCAUGUAAAACUGAUACAGAAAGUCCUUGAAUAACUAGCUUACUCGUGUGUUAAAGCUCAGCUUUUGAUUUCAAAACCCUGUUUCCUUCUGAGACACUUUGUAACCUCUCCAUUUCUUCCGUUUUUCAGAAGAGAGAAAAGAGGGUGAUCUCUAACUGGACCUUGCUAGUGAAGGGACUCUUGAUCAGGGAAAAGCUCAAGCAGCGCUUCGGCAAGAAGAACCAGGGACUGGCCGACCUCACUCAUGGAGAGGAGGGCUGUGGGUUUUCCUCUGAUGAGGAGGCUGUUAAGGAUGGCAGUUCUGGAGCUAAGACUGCAGCUGAAAUACUGGCCAUGUCGUGGCCCCAGAACAGACAAGCAGAGGAAGAGGGCGGGGGCUUUAGCGGACUUAAGAGGACAACAAAGCGAGAAAAGAGAGGACAAGAAAGACAUGUUUCCCUUUGAGAAAAUAUGAUGUCAGUUACUUUGAUUUAGCUCAAAGUUGCUGAAUUUCAACUCUUACAAGCUGCAAAAGAUUUUAUAGCAACCGUAGCCUCUCCACUAUCUGCCACAGUUGAAUUUCAUCAUUUUCUAAAGAGGUGCAUCCAGAAUAUGCCAAAUGAAUUAGUGGCAUUGUUACCGGCUCCCCAGUUUAACACAAAGCGUGACAUAAUGAACACAGAUGUGAAUCCUUUUUUAUGUGAACGAUUGGACAGAGAGAUUGGACCUUCUCUUGAGGGUUACACAUGAAAACCCACAGUUGAGGAGAUGAUUAUGGUUUCUUUUCAAACUCUCACUGUCUCGAUUUCUCUCAGACUGUGCUUACCUUUUUCUCUAUUUCCUUGUUAGGCUGCUAAACCCCUGGAGGUUAAUGUGUUUCUCUGUUUCACAUUCAGCUUCACACUUAUCUCUUUCUACACCUUCAUCACUCUUUCACACCUUGUGCCUGUAUAUUUGUUCCCACUCUGCAGAUGGAGGUUUUAUUUAAAAUAGUAAACAGUUUUUUGUACAGACAGUAUUUUUGUUAGAAGUUUUCAAACAGCAGUUAAAGGAAAAUGGCAAGAAUAAAUUUGAGUUGUUCACUUU